AUGUCGGGAACGCCAGCGUUCAAGCGUCUUCGCCGCGGUGCCGUUGAGGUAGAGGAUGCAAGCACGGGCAAAUUAGGACCUGAAUUUCAGGAUGCAGGAUGCCUGCUCAACUCGGAAGUGCAUCUCUUCUUUUCUCGACCUGGCGAGGCGUCGGAAGGUCUUUCUUCUGUCACGCAAAAAACCAAGGAAUAUGUCGACGAUUUCAGCAGGUUCAAGGACCAGUCUACGAUUCGAGAAGUGCGCGCCUUGCUCAUCAAGCAUGCGGCGCAGCCAGACAUGGACGAGGCCGACGAGCACAAAGGUCUGCAACUGUCACAAUUUGAGAUGGCGCAACUCGCCAACCUUUCCAUCACAGAUAUCGACGAGGCACGUACUCUGAUUCCCACACUCGCUACCAAGGACGAAACGCAGCUGGAAUCCCUACUUCAUGAACUCUCUGCGAUUCGUUCGUUCGCCUAA